UAAUGCAGCAGAGCCUUAAGAAGGCUAUGUUCUGCUCUGUCAAAGAGUACACGGAGUUCAACAUGAAGAGGUGUCGCCUCCUGGCUGGAAAAGGUCACGAGGUCAUCUCGGGGUCACAGGGGGUGGCCUAUUACCUUCACAGAGACCAAAGAAUGGAAGAUAACUGGGCGGCUACUUUUGCGCAAAACUGGGCCAUCAAGCAAAACUUGCCCUUUUAUGUAAUUGUGGGCUUGAACAGCAAACAUCCAGAGAGUCCAGAAGCUACUAGAAGAGCUAUCGACUUUUCACUCGGAGGUUUAAAGGAGGUCGAGGAAGAGUGUAGAAAUCUGGGCAUCCAGUUUCAUCUUUUAUCGGAGACCCAGUUGCCAAUGUUCGAAAGAAUAUUAGGUUUUAUGAAAAAAUACACCGUCAAUGGAAUUGUCUGCGAUUUCAGUCCUCUCAAACCUCACAAGACUCAGAUCGAAUUUUUAUCUAAUGAAAUUUCAAAAAUGCAAAAUGCUUGUUUGUAUCAAGUUGAUGCUCAUAACAUAAUUCCGGCGUGGGAACUCUCAUUCAAACAAGAACCGAGGGCCUACGAAACACGUUUGAAAGUCGAAGCCAAAUUUCCCGAGUUUUUUACCGAGUUUCCAAAAAUGAAACCUCAUCCAGUUAAAACGAGUGACAUUUUUCCAGAAACAGAUUGGGAAAAGGCGAAGGUCUCAGUGCCUGUUGACGAAUCAGUUCCAGCUGUAGAUUGGGCCGAACCGGGUUCGAAAAAGUGUCUGCAAAGGUUCGAAAAGUUUAUCAAAGAGAUUUUGGAAAUUUACGGUGAACAGAGAAACGAUCCAACUGUUGACGCAGUUUCAAACCUUUCGCCAUGGUUGCAUUAUGGACAAAUAAGUGCUCACAGAGUUACCAUUGAAAUCAAAAAGUUCGAAAAAACGCAUUCAGAUUCGGUUAAAAAGUUCAUUGACGAGUUGGUCACGUGGAAAGAAAUGUCAGAUAAUUACUGCUUUUAUAACCAAAACUAUGAUAAUUUGAAAGGCGCGCCAGAAUGGGCGCAAGAGUCCCUGGAGAAACACAAGAACGACCAGCGUGAAUAUGUCUAUACAAAAGAGCAGUUUGAAAACUCAGAAACGCACGAUAAUUUGUGGAAUGCAGCUCAACUGCAGUUGAAAAUGGACGGCAAAAUGCACGGAUUCAUGCGAAUGUAUUGGGCUAAAAAGAUUUUGGAAUGGAGCAAGAGUCCGGAAGAUGCCCUGGAAAUUGCACUGUACUUGAACGACCAUUACAGUCUGGAUGGAGCUGAUCCGAAUGGCUUUGCUGGUGUGAUGUGGUCCAUAGCUGGAGUGCAUGACCCGCCCAAAUGGGGCGAAAGAGAUGUGGUGGGAAAGAUAAGGUGGAUGAGCUUCGAAGGUUGUAAAAGGAAGUUCGAUAUUCACAAGUAUAUCGAACGCUAUACAAAAGUUGCCAAGAAAGAUGAUGAAUGUGUCAGUUCGACUUUAUCUCCGUCACAGCCACCGAUCAAUAAAUUCUUCAAAAGCUCUCAAAGUCCGAAUAAGAGGAAAGGAAGUGGAAGAGUGCAAGGCAGCUGGGGCGGCAAAGGCUAAGGACACACGCUGAGUUAAGGCUACAUUUAUGAUAGUUGGGUCCCUAAAACAAAUAUUUGUACCUGAAGAAAAUAAGUGACCAAAACUAUUAGAAGCAGCAUGCUCAUUUGUUCAAUCGCGUUUUAACUAAUGAAUUUCACAAAAUUUUAAGCAAGCGUUUAUUUUUUCGCACUGAAAUAUUUAUCCAUAGAUUCCCUUUGAAAAAGUGUAUGAAAUUUCAAUGACUAGCAUUUUUUCAUAUAUCGGAAUGGUAUGGGCACAAAUGAGAAUUGUAUGGCUAGCUUUUUUUUCAUAUAUGGAAGUUGUAUGACUAGCAUAUGUGGAAAUUUUGCCACAUAUAGAAAAAAUUUGGAAAACUCCUUUUUAGAACUGGAAAAAAUGCCCUUGCAAAAAGCUAAGAAGGCAUAAAUCUAAAAUCUAAUGAAAC